AUGGCGGCGGGGGGCGGGCGGUACUUCUGCACGGCGGGCCGCGGCAUGGAGCUCUUCUUGGCGCGGGAGGUGCGGGCGCGGCUCGGCGCCACGGAGGUGGACUACAUCACAGGAAAGGUCUUCUUCAGCACAGACGCGGAGGCAGGCGAGCUGAGGAAACUCAAGUCUGGAGAGAGGCUCUUUUUGCUGCUGAAGAAAGGUGCUCCACUGGCAGUUUCUGGAAAUAAAGGGAAAAUGCUGCAUGAAAUUAAAAGCCUUGUCACCGAGGAGCCAAAGUAUUGGCUGGAUGUUAUCUCUAUUUGGAGAAACUUUCAUGGGAAUGAGGGGAAAAAAGAUGACGCUGUUCAAGAAAACCGAUUGCCUCUAAAGAGAAAACCAGAAGAAGAGACAAAUACUGCAACUAAAAGGCAGAAAACAGAACAAGUGAGCGUAACUGUGUCAGAGGAAUGUCAGACAGGAGCUGGAGAGAGGUGUGUGGUACCAGAGAGAAAGAGCAAUCAGGACUGCUGGACUGAAAGUGAGACUUCCUUAGAAGACCCUUCCCAAGGCAGUGGAGAGAAGCCUGCUGUGAAUAAUGAGCAGCUCAGCUUCAGUUUCAGAGUUUCUUGUCGUUGUAGCGGAGCGAUUGCCAAAAUACUUCCUUCACAGGAGAUCGGAAGAGCCGUUGGCGUCGCGCUCAUGAAGCAGUGUGGGUGGCGGGCUGAUCUGCGGGACCCCGAUCUAGAGAUCUUUGUGCAUCUUAAUGACAUUCACACUGUGGUGGGGAUUCCUCUUUUCAGGCUUCCGUUGGCAAACAGAGAGUAUAUCAAAACAGCAGGACUGAGAUCAACAGUUGCAUGGGCCAUGGCAUCUCUGGCUGAAAUUAGUGCAGGUGCCUCUGUGCUGGAUCCCAUGUGUGGGCUGGGAACAAUACUGCUGGAAGCUGCCAAAGAGUGGCCCGAAGCCUGGUAUUGGGGCGCUGACAUAAGUGAUUCACAGUUAGAGGGUGCAGAUAUGAAUAUCAGGACUGCAGGCCUGAUGGAUAAGAUUGAGUUACUUAAAGCCUCUGUGAAAGCAUUGCCAUUGCCUUCAGAAAGAUUUGAUGCUGUGAUUUCGGAUAUUCCGUUUGGGAAGAAGUUCAAGAUCACAAAAGACAUACAGCUCCUGCCAGAUAUUCUCCAGGAAAUGGAAAGAGUACUUCGUGUUGGAGGCACUAUCGUGUUGCUGCUGAGCCAAGAUCUCCACGAGCUCGCAACCAGCAUUACCAGCGGUGCUGAAAAUGGCUCUCCUAAUGCCAGUUCUGAUGGCGCGAGUGAAACCACCGCUGCAAAAGCCCUGAAUGUUGGUGGGAAUUCUUCCUCUUCGGUGAAUGGUGUUGAAGAAUCCUGUCCCAGGAGCCAACAGACAUAUUUUGGGUCUCUGCUGCCAGAUGGCGUCUAUGGAGUUAGCCUUGGAAAGACGGAUGCUUUCAUACACAAGUACAAGAAGAUCUCUACUGCCGGGAAUCGGUAGCUUUCUUGCAUUGUGCCAAAGUGAACUUGAAUCCUGAGGAGCAGCACAGAGUGACCUGGUGGAGGCCUGCUAAUAGUCUAAUUCAAGGCUUUCCCAUGGCUGCUGAGCUGACAGGGAAGUAUUUCUAUAGCAAGUGACUGCAGAUCAUUUUCAGAUGCUAUUUUGGCCAGGCAUUUGCAGCUUGGCAAGCUGGGAUGGACUCAUGCACUGUGUUCCUCUGCCAUGAUUACUGUGGAGACAACAAUCACUAAUGUGUCUGGGUUUGUUUGGGCUUUAUUUGCUUUUGUCUUUUUCUUUUUUUUUUUUUUUUUUGAAGUUUGUUGUGUGUAGCCUUUUGGAAGCAUUACUUUUUCCAUGUGCAUUCCACAGCAGAGCCUCUACUCUGGAGAUAUUAGAAUUUGAAGAACGAGCCUGUGGUGGGGACUCAAAGGUAACACGGAUAUGGGUCAGAUUGAUACAAUAUUGCUGCUAUGAGUCCUGCUGGACUAAUAAUUCCCACUGGUCUCAGGAUCUAUCCAUAACCAUCUGCUUGGAAAUUAUUUGCAAAUGCCAGCACUCCCAGCGUUGCAGAAGAGCCACACCAAGGAACAGUGGGAGAUUUGAGACUGGCUGCACUAGCAACGACCUGGAUAGACCUCUAAACCCAGAAAUAUACACUGCAUUUAUUUCCAGACUUUAUUGCUGGCUAUUUUUUUAUAGUUUUAUGCAUUUAUUUCCUUCCACUUGUGGUUCCACAACCAGCUGUCAAGCUGCUGUGUUACCAAUCAACACCUCACAAUAUUCAGUGAGUUUCAUGGCCAGUCAAUAAAAGGUGUGAGCCAUUGAGCUCCUAAAGUGACUUAAAUGAGAGCGUUAGCCACUGUAAAGGUGGACACCUAUCUGAAGCUUCUGCAAUUCUGGCCUUUUUGAUGUGAAAGUGGAUGGGGUGGAAAGGCAGAAGCAGGACUGGUCUCACCUUCUGUGCCUUGUUCAGGGAGUGGAGCUGUCACGCCGUUCAAUGGAGGGGUGGUCCAGCGCAGCUCUGGGUGGCAAGACUCUCCUGGGGAGAGGAGAGGCUGUAGCUGAGCAUCCUUCAGGAGCUGCUGCUUCAGCUCUGGGCUGCAGCUUUCCUGCCCCCUCCCCAUAGCUGGCUUCAGGGGCACAGAAGUGUCCUGAAAGCACCGGGUAAACGGCUGCUUGGUUUUUAGUUAGUAGUCAAAUGCAACAGUUCUAGAAGAUAAAUCAUUAUUAUCAUAAUUUAUGUUGCUUCUUAAUGGCUUUUAAAAAAUUUAGCUUCCUUGUUUUCUCAGUAGAACGUAGGCUUUAGGACGAGAGCCCCAUACAAAAUGCAGUUAUGCUGCUGAGUAGUUGCUGCUGAAGCUGGCCACAGAGCUGCUGUGCAGAGAAUGAAUCCAGGACAAGAAGUUUUGUUGGAAGAGUGCUCACUACAAAAAUGUACUGGGGAAGAGCAUGCUAGCUGCACAAUUCUUGCUGUUUUGUUCACUGUCAUUAAGCACAGUUGUGUAUUUAAGUAAGUGUUUUGGAUAUAACAGAACUCAAUAAUGAUGCUUAUCUAAUGAAAAUACAUGCUACAAGCCCAAUGAAAAAUAAAGGCAUGGCGUAUCUAGGAGAAAAAAAUUCUAACCUUGCAUGAAAUGUAAAUAUACAAGAUGUUUUAA